AUGGCCAUUGGGAGCAAGGGCGGCUGGGACAAGAGCUUCAAAGGGAACACAAGUGGGGAAGGCAGCAGAAUGCACCCUGUGGGGAGAGGGGGGGGCCCACCACACAACACCAAGCUCGCAAAACACAUACAUACAGACAGUGAAUUUGUGGAGUUUCAACAACAGCUGUGUGACCAAGAGAUCUCCAUGUACUACCCUCCGGAUGAACUGCUAGUGAUUCUUGAUAUAGUGCUUCUGGAGUAUCAAGACCAACGGGCCUAUAUGGAAGAAAGUUCUCCUCCAGACCUUGUUGACCUGGAGUGUGUAAACAGGUUUUUGGCACAGCAACCAGCUGAAUCAGACACUGGUGUAGCGGAUCUGAUUGAACAGAUUGACACUAAACUAGAAGAACCAAUGCAAGCUGACAAUAGAAUCCAGGAUGAAGACUACCAGGAACACCAGCAGCAGCAAUCAGACCAGAACUUGUCAUCCUGGGACAAAAUUGCUCAUGACCUUGAAGAGCGCGAGAGGCUAGAUGCAGAGUGGGAGAGGGAGCAGCUGGAACAAGAGCUUAAUAUAAUACAACCUGCUGAAACACCCCAGCCUCAGCCAGAAGUCAGCCAAGAAAUCCUGCCGCCAGGUGGCAACAAUUCUAAUCAAGAGCAGCCAGUGACUGAACCUGAUGUGGAAAGCACAGCAAUUGCACUUAGAGCUGACAGAGAUGACCUGAAUGACAGUAGUAAUAUAAAACAGAAAAACAGUAGACUCUAAAUUAACAGACUCCAAGUU